UCGACACACAGAUCGAACUUCUCCUGUCGUCUGCCUACCAGUAGCUAGCUCUAAUACAUAGCAGCCCUCGCUCGCAAGGUACUGCACUACGAUGGCCGCCACCUCCUCCUCCUCCUCCUCCACGGUAGUUGCACUUGCGGCGCUUCUCUUCUUGCUCCUUGUAACGUGUGGCUCGUGCGCGAGACCGGCGAGCUUUAACGCCUCCGACUUUACCGCCGACCCCAACUGGGAGGCUGCCCGGGCCACCUGGUACGGUGCGCCCACCGGCGCCGGCCCUGAUGACGACGGUGGUGCCUGUGGAUUCAAGAACGUGAACCUGCCGCCGUUCUCGGCGAUGACAUCGUGCGGCAACGAGCCCCUCUUCAAGGACGGCAAGGGCUGCGGCUCCUGCUACCAGAUACGAUGCCAAAACCACCCAGCCUGCUCCGGCAAUCCGGAGACGGUGAUCAUCACCGACAUGAACUACUACCCCGUGGCCAAGUACCACUUCGACCUCAGCGGCACGGCGUUCGGCGCCAUGGCCAAGCCCGGCCGCACCGACGAGCUCCGCCACGCCGGCAUCAUCGACAUCCAGUUCAAGAGGGUGCCCUGCAACUACCCCGGGCAGAAGGUGACGUUCCACAUCGAGGAGGGGUCCAACCCGGUGUACCUGGCGGUGCUCGUCGAGUUCGAGGACGGCGACGGCGACGUGGUGCAGGUGGACCUCAUGGAGGCCAACUCCGGGUCGUGGACGCCGAUGCGCGAGUCGUGGGGGUCCAUCUGGCGGCUGGACUCCGGCCACCGCCUCGCCGCGCCCUUCUCCCUGCGCAUCACCAACGAGUCCGGCAAGACGCUGGUGGCCAACCAGGUCAUCCCGGCCAACUGGGUUCCCAACACCUACUACCGUUCCAUCAUCCAGUACUAGCUCUCGGCGGCCGCCGCGCACCACGAUAGCUCUGCGUCCUUGUGCUUGAUUAGUUUGGUAGUGCUAUUGUAUUGCUGCAUAUGCAGCAUGGGACUGAUGAGCACUGUGCGAGGUGCCUCAGUCGAUUAUUACUGGUAGAUGGUGGUGGCGUGCGCGCGGCCUUCACGGCGGAGUUGGAGACUGGGAACGAAAUGGAGGAAGGCCAAGUUAAUUUGCAGAUGCUUUCCCGCCCAUUGUCCAUGCAUGUAAUGUACCAGGGCGAUUGAAAUUAUAAAUUAUUAAUGGUGUGUUUGUUUUGUGGAGUC